ACUAUAUUGUCAUUUGUUUGUUUAGAACAUAAAAGAAAAUGACAGAAAGCGGUGGUAUGAUGAGACCAUUGAUCGAAGCCAUUCAUUCCACUCCCACCAAAGCUGUUGUCUACAUCGCCGGUGGCGCCGCUCACGCUGUUGGAUGGUUGACUUCAAUUCCAGGAGCUUCUAAUACUCUUCUCGAAGCUGUAAUUCCUUACUCUAGAAUGUCCAUGAUCCAAUUACUGGGCAAGAUACCUGCACAAUUUGCAGAUUCGUCUACUGCGGAAGACAUGGCGCUUGUGGCGUAUAAUCGCGCUUUGAAGAUUUCGAAGCCUGGAUGUCCUGUUCUUGGUGUGGGUUUCACUGGUUCUUUGGCUACGAAUCGCCUGAAACAGGGGGAUCAUAGGUUUCACAUGUGCAUCAGAACAUCCAAUCGUCUUUGGCUUUCUACUGUCACCUUGUCAAAGGGACUUCGCACGCGAGAAGAAGAGGAAAUUCUUUCAAGUCAGUUUUUGCUCAAGGCAAUUGCUGGUGCAAGUAAAGCUCCAGUAGAUUUCACUCCAGCAUUGAAUGAAUUGGAUAUUUCUACAGAAAGGGAAAGUUUGUUUAGUGAAGAUGAGGAGUUAGAACAGCUUUUGAAUGGACAAAUAUGUUUUAAGGUGUAUGAUUUUACAAGUGAGGAACAGGCCUUAAGUGCAGAAAGAAAGAUUAUACUUCCUGGUUCAUUCAAUCCAUUACAUGAAGGUCAUCUCCAGCUCAUGGAAGUCGCAAGCAGCCUUUUGGGGAAUGGAUAUCCAUGCUUUGAGCUUUCGGCAGUCAAUGCUGACAAACCGCCUCUAACAAUAUCUCAGAUCAAGGAUCGCGUUAAGCAAUUUGAGAUGGCCGUUGUUUUGACAGGUAAAACGAUAAUAAUAUCAAACCAGCCCUACUUCUAUAAAAAGGCUGAACUUUUCCCUGGGAGUGCUUUUGUAAUAGGUGCUGAUACUGUGGUUAGGCUUAUAGAUCCAAAGUACUAUGAUGGAAGUUAUAACAGAAUGAUAGAGGUACUCCUUAAAUGCAAAAAUACUGGGUGCACCUUCAUUGUUGGUGGCAGAAAUGUGGAUGGUGUUUUCAAGGUUCUUGAAGAUAUUGAUGUUCCUGAUGUUCUAAAAGACAUGUUCAUCCCUAUACCAGCUGAUAAAUUUCGGAUGGACAUAUCCUCAACAGAGCUUAGAAAAAGAGGAAUGUGACUGCCAAUUUCAUUGUCAUGAAAAAAGAUUGCUGUUUAUUUCUAGUGUAUAGAAUGUUAAUAAACUCGGGGAUGAUUGGCAUUUGUACAGAAUAUAAAGCAUAGAAACUCUAUUUUUAAAGAGUUAUUUUUUCUCUUUAGGAUUAUAUAGUUUCUUCUUUAAGUUCAACACAACAGGCUGUUUGCAGUAUGGAACAGUUCAGAAGACACGGGCUGGAUUCAUUAAGGUCCAUAGCUAGGACUUAAUUUUUUUUUUCUUUUCAGAUUGGGUCAGUUGGAAUGGAUGGAACAAACUAUUGUAUACUACUACAAAUGUAUGAGUUUAAUUGAGAAAAUAUACUUCGUCCAGUUGUUACUUCGUAUUAGAAUAAGGGAUAUAUUGCUUAGACUUUUUACGAUAUUUA